AUGACAAGCCGGCUCAAAAGGAAGCUGAACGACCUCGGCGUUGACCCGUCAAGCUCGAAGGCGAAUGAAUCCUUCUGCCUGGUACGUUAUUAUAUGUGGUAUACAUCGUACCCCGGGAAAGCUAAAGACAUGCGGGUCUGGCAGAUUGGGACGCCACUUCCUCCGUUGGAAAAGUCGAAGGACACCGGGGAGUUCGUGCCGCUAUGGAAGCAGGAGGUCAGAGAUGAAAAGGGGCGUCGCAGGCUACAUGGCGCAUUCACAGGUGGAUUCUCCGCCGGCUACUUCAACUCUGUUGGAUCCAAAGAAGGAUGGGCACCAUCUACAUUUAUCUCGUCUCGCUCCGAUCGCGCGAAGGCGAAGGCUGCACGCCCAGAAGAUUUCAUGGAUGAAGAAGAUCUUGCCGAACUCCGUGAGAGUCGCAAGCUCGUCGAUGAGAACGAGGAGAUGGAGUUUGGUGAUACGGAGGCCGAGCUGCGACGGCGGACAGGAGCGGAGGAUUCAGAGAAAGACCCAAUGACGGCCGCGCUCGAGGCCUCGCUCGCACCUGCGCCCACGGACUCUAUUGGUGCGCGCAUCCUCAAGAAAAUGGGUUGGCGCCUCGGCCAGGGCAUUGGCCCGCGACUUACUUACGCACAACGCAAGGCACAGGAUGCGGGAUUUAUGGACCCUUCACGCGAGACAGGUGGGGACGAUGAGGAGGACGAAGAGGCGAAGAAACACCUAUUCCCUAGGCGCGACACGUCUGUGCUGCUCGCGCCGCGGAAGGACAACUCUCACGGGGUGGGAUAUGUACCUGGAAUGCGGCUGGAGGAGAGCGUGAGCGGUGAUGCGGGCAGGUCUCAGGGACCGAGUUUGGCGGCUGGCUUUGGCCUCGGCGCGCUGAACGACGCGGACGAGGACGAUCUAGAUGUGUAUGACAUGAGCACAGGUCGGCAGGGUCGAUCGCGAAUGGCGUUUGACAUCAUGGAGGAGGAUGACGGGCGGGAUAUCACUAUGGGCCCUUCGAGGCAAUAUGCAGGAACCCGACCAUCAGUGAGUGUCAACCCAUAUCUGGCUAUAAGGGAUCGCUCUGACAUCCUGCAUGACAAGAAAGUGACCUUGGCGAGCGUGACACAGACGUUCAACGAUGGGCGACCCGUGCUCAAGGGAUUCGUGCUGUCGGACCGGCCUGUUGCUGAGGAUCGAUGGUUCCCCCUACCCGAGAUCCCUCCAGGGUGGAAGCCGAACCCGCGACGUGUCUGGGAGCAGGAGAAGAACAAAGAGAAUGUCCAGGUUGUUCAACCCAAGCCGACACCGACGACGCACGCGGCAUGGAAGGAUAGCUUUAUGUCUGCGGACGAGGUGAGCUGGCCUUCGCAAUCCCUUCCGCUCAGGGGCGCGAUGCUCGGCGAGACCCCAUUGCCCCAAAAGCCUCGUUCAGUGUUCGACUACAUGUCGCAGAAAGACAGAGAGCGCCUCCAAAAUAUCAAGAACGCGCCUCCACCGCCCGCAAAACCGGCUCUCGCCUCCCCUUCGCCCGCUCCCGCACCAUCCCGCCGCCCAGGCGAGAUCUACGUUCCCGAACUUCACCCCUCCGUCGCUAAGGCUGCCUUGCAUGGCUUCCAGCCCUUUACUGCGGACCCUGUCAAGCAAUCUCGGUACACCGCAUUUCUUACUUUCCAGGCCAAUCGCACUGACUCGUCCGGCGCACCCACGUUGAGCCUCGGGCCGCUCCCACCCCAAAGCAUCGAAGACUUCAAUAAGGAGCUUGAGGAUUAUGCCAAGGCCGCGACAGUGUUCAAGCCACUCUCGGCUGCGAUGGCGGGUCGCUUCCGGAGCGCCGCCAUCGUUGAGUCGGGGCCCACGGUUGUCGAGGGGCUGUACCAGCCCACACCCGGGUCCGCCUCUGAUUCUGGCACGAAGGAGGAGCAGGAAGAGGAGAAGGAUGAUGAUCCACGCAUGGGCGCGGUGCGGCUCGGGAUGUAUGGCCCGCUGACGCGCGAGGUACAUCCCUGGCAGCCCGCGCGGCUACUGUGCAAGCGAUUCGGCGUGAAAGAUCCCGAGGUGGACAUGAGCGGCGAGGUGGGCGGCGCAGGCUCAGAGUUCAUGCCCACAGCGGCUGCCAUGGGCGCCGGGCAACAAGGUGCGGGCGGAGCGAAUGCUGCCACACCUUCGGCGACCACGCCCGUCGCCGGCACAAUCACGGAUGGUACGGUGAGCGGGGACGCGCCGCGGAGGGACGGUCCACGAGACCUGGCGAAAGUCGGCCUCGGCGACGAUGAGGACCAGGGGCGGGACACGCUGACGUACGAGCGGCCUGCGAUGAACAUUUUCAAAGCGAUUUUCGCCAGCGACGAUGAAGACAGCGACGACGAGGAUGCAGACGGUAAUUCGGUGCCAUCACAUCUUGCUCUGAGCAGCGACCCUGUUCCGUCGUAUGAACCUCAGUCGAACGGUCCUGUGCCAUUCUCUGGCCAGGCGGAGAAGGUCGACCUAGCAUCCUUUAAGCCCACAUUCGUGCCGCGUGCAGGCCGCGAAACACGCAAAGACAAGGGCAAAGGCACGGGAAAGAAGGACAAGGAGAAGAAAAAGAAGGCCAGUAAGGCCACGCUGUCGUUCGAUGUCGAAGAGGACGGCUUCGGGCCAAACCUCGGCGCACCAAUAUCGCACAAGGAGAAGGAGAAGACGCGGGACAAGGAUGGCGAGCACAAGAAGAAGAAGCGGAAGGAGUCAAAGGUGGAGGAAGAGGACGACAGCAUGUGGGUUGAGGCGCCGCCGCCCGAGGUUGCGAAGAGCUUACCGGUGAACCCGCCACCUGUCGCUGAGCCUCUACCAGUUGUAGACACGGCGCCGAGUUCGCUCAAUGGCGCAGCUGAGAAGCAGGCAGGUCCGCUACGGGGACGCAAGAGAGCCAUCGACUUCAUGUAGAACCCGUACACGUUCUCGAUGUAUCAAUGGCGCACGACCUACUCGUCCUCCUCAUCCUCGUCUUCGUCGUCCUUGCUACCCUCUUCUUGUUGCGAGACCCACACACCAUCCUCAUCUCCACUACUCUCAUCGACAUCGUCUACAUCGCGUUUGCGCUUGCUAUUCACCGCGUUUUUCGCGACCUCGCCGUCGGCCAUGGCAAGGCAGGUUAGUCGGGUUCCCUUUGUGUCAUAUUCUGCUACAGGCUGCAGCACUACCUUCCCAUUCGAUGACGAUGGGAGGGCUGCCAUGUCAUAGAGACGGAUUUUCCCGUCCGACGAUAUUGUGCUGACAACUGUGGUUGACUGUCGGUCGGACG